ACAAGUUUUGUCAAGUGAACAAGCAUACAGAAAAAAAGAGAGCGAGUUAUCACCUGGCUCCGCAAGGGCAGCAUAAAGGUAUCAUGGCCAUCGUCCUGAUUUUUAUGCUGUUUUUGAGUGUCUGUAAAGGCAAUUUACCUCCUAAUACUUGUCCAAAUGGUGGAGAAGGUCGUUCUCUAUUUUUCAUGUCUGUUGGAUUCAGCGGGACACAAAGUAAAUACAUAGAGUCAACGUCAGAUUCAUGUGUUUGUGAAAAAAGUUCCAGCUGUACUUCAUUACAAUGUUUUCCAAACUGUACUUAUGAGUCAAACAAAAUUUAUCAAGUUAUUUCCCAAAAAGAUGUGUAUGGAAUCUUGGGGAACGAAUCAAUAGGAGAGAUGUUUAAUAUAUUAAAAGAUGAGCACCUGGGAUUGGAGUAUGUUGCCUCAGUGUAUAUUGAUGUCACAGGCAAAAGCUUCAUAGGAUUAGGAAAUCCUUCCAGUUCUGACAUCGUUGUGAAUAUAGUUCUACCGGAUAUAAACAAUUACACUCAAAGAGUAUGCAUGAAUAAAACAAUAACUGUAAAUCUUAAUAGCUUGGAAGCAACUACACUGGAUUUUAACUGCGAUAUUACUGGGGCACACAUUAGUGCAUCUGGUAACAUUAUAGCAUACGCUGCAAGUUUUUCCUCACUAGAACAAAAUACAGUCUUUAAUCUUGAGUUUAUGGUCGAACAGCUCAUUCCAGUCAACCAAUGGGGAACACGUUAUGCCGUAGUGCCUUAUGGGAAAAAUGAAUACGGUGACAUAAUUAGCAUAGUUACUUCUCAGCCCGAUACCUUUGUUCAUAUCUCGGGGUAUGAUCACGUGAUUAUACCAAACAAAUACGAAAAUAUACGAAGAAGAAUAGACGGUAAAAAACCAGUGACAAUACGCUCGUCAAAACCAGUUUCUGUGACUCAGUUUGUUUUGAAUUCUGCUCACAAAAGUGCUAUGGUAAUCAAUGUUCCAAUAACAUUUAACACCGAUUACGACGCUCUAAAUCACGAUUCUGGAUUUAACCAUUCUUAUAUGAAUAUCACAUACGAGCCAGAAAAUGACAAUAACGCCCCUCUCACUCAUUUUUUUGCACAUAGAGGAGAUCUUUCUCCGCCAUCGGGGAUAUUUGGAUGUAGUUUAUACAGAGAUGGAUCACGUUUUGGAGGCACUUUCUGUGGAUUUAACCAGACUGAAGAUAGUAAUGAGCGACACUGGCCCCUAAUGGUGCCUGGAGACGGAAUAGAUAAUGACAGGGAUGGACAAACUGAUGAAGACGAUUGUUAUGCCAAUCUAUGGAGUGACUUAAGUAAUCCAUAUUUAUCGCCUUUGGUUGCUGCAUCUUCUGUGAGGGAGAUCUUUAUCUUGCCAAGAUUUGACAAUAUACCAUCAAAAGUUAGAUGCAGAAUUGAACCACAAACUUCUAUUACCGAUAUCAUGUAUUGGUAUAACUCGACCGCCACAAGACAAUGGCAACCACAGACUCGAGUUGAAAAUUGGUAUCUUUUUGAAAACAUCCCAGAUGGCAAACCACUGAUAAUAAAAGCAAGAUCAUCGCAAAAACUAUCGUUGAUGUGUAACUUUGUAUGUGAUUCAGUAGAUCCAUGUUCUAAUUCAUUUCUUGUUCCUCCUGUCAGUAAUUUGGGAACAGAAUAUACUACUAUGUUCCCCCCUUGUUAUAGUGGUUCAAUGUGCCAUAACCAAUGUGUUGCAAGCAACGUAUUCAAUAGUACAAGUGUUAGUUAUGUCCAUGGUGCUGAAUAUAGGAAGUAUCCACUAAGACAACAUUUAGUGCAACAGCCUUUGCAUAAUAUUAUUGAUGGAAGCUACAUCGUUGCAAAUUAUCCUGUAGCGAUCAUGUGUGCCAGCUUUACAACAAACAAUUAUCUGAUACAUUUUCUACCACCGGCUUCUAUGGGAGGAACGGAGUACAAGAUCAUAAAAACAAAUGACUUACAGAAUGAAAAGUUAUUCUUCGUGGCUACAGAUGGCAAUACCGUGGUAAAUUUGUCUGGAAAUGAAAAUCAGGCUUUGGGUAGUUUCAGACAACAUUUUUUGCUUGAAAAUGCUGGUGAACAAUAUACAGUGGAACUAGCGUUAGAUAACUCUGACUUCACUUAUUCUUUUUCAAGCAGUAAACCAGUCCACGUGAUAGCUGAAUUUAAGCAAAAUUAUAGCACUGGAAAUUUUAAUGCACUACCUUUUAGUCCAGCUGGAUACAAUUUUGUCUAUUUACCACCAGUAUAUAACAUUCUCACUCCGACUGAUGAAACGAAAAUUUCCCAAACAGUCUCUAAUGUAAAUUAUUAUCAUCUGUCAAACUCUGGUUGGCCUCAUCGCUCAAAUAUCCAAGGACAAAGGGCCAAACCUUCUAUAGAUCGAAACCAGAUACCUGGAGACGGCAUAGAUAAUGACAAGGAUGGACUAACAGAUGAGGAAUAUUGUGGUUUCAUUGUCGAAGAAAAUCCCAGUGAAGUGGUAACCCUUCACGACAUAGAUCUAGAUGGAUCGUAUAACGAAGAUUGUAAAGGAUGCCAGGGUGGACAACAAUUAACCGAGUUUCUGAUUUGCAUGGAAUGUGACUUUGGAACCUACAGAGAAAACCAGUCUAAAAUUGAUAAAUGUCUCUCCUGUGGUGAAAACUAUACUACAUUUGAACAAGGAAGCUUUACUAUGGACCAAUGCGUUCCUGCUUGUAUUGAGGGGAUGGAACUGAGGGGUAGAGUUUGUGAACCUUGUCUGAUUGGAUACUUUAAAAGCGUAUCAGCCAAUGAUACAAGCCUAAACAAUACAGACAGGUUCUUUUGCAAACGGUGCCCUGAUAGGCUGACAACAUAUGACGUUGGAACAAUAACGGAAAAUUGUAUCGUGCAUUGUAAAGAAGGAAAAGAAUUAACGGAUCAGGGAACAUGCCAGGCCUGUGGUAUAGGUUUCUACAAAACAGAAUCGAGUACCAAUUUGUCUAUCCCCUCAGACAAACGCUGGAACUGCACGAUAUGUGAAAACAACAGAACAACUAUUGAAAAUGGCUCUUUACAAGAAUCAAAAUGUAUAGAUAAUUGUGUUGAAGGAAUGUUCCUAAAUGGUACAAUCUGCUCGCCUUGCCCUGUUGGUUUUUACAAGAAUACAUCUAGUAUGGAUUACUCUCUUUCUUCGCAUCUAAGAUGGAAUUGUACACAAUGUGAAGAUGGGAAUACUACGUUCAGCAUAGGAAGCCGGAAAUGCUUAGGCCAUUGUGAAGAGGGAGAAGGCUUAACGGAUCAGGGGACAUGCGAGCCCUGUGGUAUAGGUUUCUACAAACCAAUGUCGAGUCAACGUUUGUCUGUUCCCUUAGACAAACGCUGGAACUGCACGAUGUGUGAAAACAACAAAACAACUAUUGAAAAGGGCUCUGUGCAACAAUCAAAAUGUAUAGAUAAUUGUGCUGAAGGAAUGUUCCUAAAUGGUACAAUCUGUUCUCCUUGCCCUGUUGGUUUUUACAAGAAUACAUCUAGUUUGGAUCACUCUCUUUCUUCUCAUCUAAGAUGGAAUUGUACACAAUGUGAAGAUGGGAAAACUACAUUCAGCAUCAGAGGCAGGGAAUGCCUAGACCACUGCAGAAAUGGUCAAUAUUUGAAGGAUGGUACUUGUACACCUUGUGAAAUCGGUUUUUAUAAGAAUACUUCAAGUGAGGACGAAUCACUUCCGGAAUCACUGAAGUGGAACUGUACCGCAUGCCCUGCUGGAGAGACGACCAAUUCCACGGGAGCGGAGAACUGUAUCAAAACUUGUCCAAUCGGUAAAGAGUAUAACAAAACAACCACGAAUUGCGAUCCAUGUAGAUUGGGUACCUACAAAAACGUUAGUGGAAGUCAUAUCAAUUGCUAUCAUUGUCCUGAAAAUUACACAACCAGGCACACGGGAGCUGUUAGUUUUCAAGACUGUAAACUUGCGGAUUGUAAGUGUCCUUGUAAUAGAGUAAAUGAAGUGAAAAAUUACACAAGUAAUGAACUAGCAACCGUCAUCGCCGAAAUGAAGGAAGAGUUGACGGUUAACAAGGCUCAACUGUCCGCCAGUGUCCGGAAGAAGAUCAGUGUCAUGGACCGCCGUCCCUCUGUCCAAUACAUAGGGUCCUUUGGUGUUCUUCUUAUUACUGGGGUGAUGGCAUUCCUCAUCGGAAUUGACUUUUUCACUCUAAAAGAACAUUUAAAAAUGUUUUUCAAAAAUUUGAAAAGUAUUUUUUGAAAUUGUUCCGUUAAUUUCUCAAAAUGUAAAACUUAUAUUUUUUACUUGUUUAAAGUAGUAGAGGGUGAUUGUAAA